AUGACUAUUAUCGCCUUUAUUAGCCAAAAAGGAGGAGUUGGUAAGUCAACCCUGGCCCAAGCGUUAGCGGUAGAAGCCAAAAAGCAGAAAAUUAAAGUUCUCUUGGCCGAUUGUGAUUUUCAACAAGGAACUAGUAAUGAAUGGGCUAAAGUAAAAAAAAGCAUAGAAUGUCGCUUGUUUAAUCAAGUUAAAGAUAUUUGGCCUUUAAGUAAAGAUUAUGACUUGAUAAUAAUCGAUGCCCCAGCCCGCACUAGUCAAGGGACCUUGGAAAUAGCCAAAAUGGCUAAUUUACUAAUCCAACCCACCGGAGCCAGUCGAGCCGACUUAGUGCCAGCCGUAAAAGAAUUUAAUGCCUUGGUUGGAUUAGAAAUAAAGAAAGAGAAGUUGUUAUUUGUCCUUAAUCAUAUUGGUAGCAAAGUUGAAAGAGAAGUAGUUACUGACUACUUAAAGGCUACAGGUUAUUCUUAUUUGCCAAUUGCUUUGCCAGAAAGAGUUUCUUUUCGUUUGAUCCAAGAUGAAGCAACCAAAUAUGCCGGUCAAGGAAUAGAAAUAGCAGGUGGAAAAUUAAAAGAUGGUUCUCAAUAUUUAAAUGAUUGGGCCACUAAUUCUUUGCGAAAAGAGGAUUACCAAGAAUUAUAUUUUGCUGAACCUUAUACUUUUUCAGAAAAGAUAGUUCUUGAAUCGGACAAUUCUGCCUGCCCACCAAAAAGUGUAGAACUGCCAUCCUCUACUCUCUACUUUAGGGCAGAAGGAAUUAUCGCCGGCAAUCUGGCACUGGCUAAUCGUUGCCGAGAAAGAGGAGAAACAGAACGAGCCGACGCUUACUUAGAAAAUAAUGAACAAGUAAAGAAAAUAAUUGCGGAAUGCCGUAAUGAAUUAAUUCAAAUACAAGCACAAGAAAAAUACCCCACUGAGGAAACAAAAGCCGAAGUCCAGGAACUUAUUUUGACCUCCAUUACUGAAAAUUUGGCAGGAGGAGAAUUGGAUUUAACCGCUUUUUCUAACCUGGAAAAAGUAGAAAUUAGCCCGCAAUUUUUAUCAACUCCUUUAACUAAAAUAAUUACCCAAGAAGAGUUGGGGAUUACCGAUAUUUCACAAAAAAAAGUAGUUAAAGAAAUACAAAAAUUAGCCAAAAUUAAGUCAGUUGCGGUUAAUUUUACUAAAAAAGAAAAUCAAGAGGGCAUUUUUAUUAGUUUGGACCAAAAAGAUAACGAAGAUUUAAAGUGGGUAAAAGAUAAUUUAAGCGAAAAUUACCAAAAAGAGUUUGAAUUAUUAUUAACUCCAACUAGUUUUCCGCAUCAGCAAUUAGAAAUAAGUGAACUAUUGACUAUUUAUUAUCCCAACCAAGAAAUUACUGAUAUUCAAAUAGUAAAAUCAGCAUUAAAAAAUAGCCCUGAUGAGGAAAAAUUAAAAGAAUUAGCCUUAAAAGCCACUGUGGAUUAUGACCCCAACGAGCAAGAAUAUAUUAUCCAAGUAAAUUAUAAUCCCAAUAAUCCUUUUAAGGAUAAUUUGAAAGAAUUAAUUACGACAACUCCUUUAAAGUUAGAGAUUGAGAAUCUAAAGAAAAAACAAGAACAAUCGCCAACUAGUGAGAAUUUUGAGAGAUUGGCUCAGCAGAAGCAAAAAUGA